AUGAGUAGCAGCGUAGCUCUUCGAUCUGUAAAUCCUGCAUUAAAGGAGUUUUAUACUCAGGUGCCGAGAUCUGUAUAUGGGAAAACGCAGUUGAUCUCGCAAAAUUCAUGCCAAAAACUACUAGAUAAGCUCAAUUUACAAGACAAAUACAAGAGAUCCAAACUCGAUAUUAUUGAUGCCAACCCUGGAUUCGGGUUAUUUUCUUCUAUGCUCAAUUUCGAGUUGAAGCCAAGGAACCAUAUUUUGCUAGAGAGAACGGAAGAGUCUUUAAAAGGCUGGAAAUCCAAAAUAGAACAUUUACAAAAUGUCACUGGGAAUGUGGAAAAUUUCAAGCUCUGUAAUCACGAUCCUUUCAGAUGGAACACAAUAGACUACCUCUAUCAGAAUAACUUGAUACCACCAAUAAAUGUCCAGCCCCGCGAUAAAGUACACGAUGAACUACUUAUUGUCGCCAACUGGUCCAAUCCGGACAGCGAGUUCAUAGUAGCUCAAUGGCUUGGAUGUUGUGGGAAUAGAAAUUGGUUUAUGAAGUAUGGAAACGUACGAAUGUUAUUGUUUAUUCCAUCAGAAUCGGCCAGGAAAUUUUUAGCUUUGCCAGGUUGGAGGAAAAGAAACCGUACAGCCUUAAAAAGAGACUUUUUUACAGAAUCAAGGUUGAUUGGUAUCGGAUGUGAUGGAGUUAUUGGAGAAGGCUACGAUCCCAGGCUCUUAGUUAGGGACCAACCUGUUGUAAUAGAAAAGUCGGCAAGAUUGAGAGCAAAAGAAUUGGCACUAGUUGAGUUUAUUCCUGGUAAGUACACUAUCGACUCGAUUGAACCUAUUGAACAUCUUUUACUGCAGUUUUAUUGCACCAAGGUUACUCUUGGAGAAUUGUUACCCAAAUUAGCGCCGGGUGCUGAAUAUAUGUCUAGGUACUUAUCACAGGAACUUUUAAACAAGAGUGCAUUUGAAUUCACCACAGAUGAUGCUCUUGCUAUUGCAAGUGCAUAUGAGAGAUGGCCUUUUAAACCGUCUAUUGAAGAGUUCUUUGACACAAGAAACUAA